GUUGCUGAGGUAGCCGUAGGAGCACGAGAAGAAGGUGUCGCGAAGCUGAAAAAGCGGCGGCCCCUUCCUGAAACGAGGCAGCAGGCUGGUGCUGAGGUGGCUGUAGGAGCACAGGACACAGGUGUCCCCGAGGAGGAAAGACGGUGGCCGCAUCCUGUCCGGAGUCACCAGGCUGUUGCUGAGGUGGCUGUAGGAACACGACAAAAAGAAAUGUCGCUUGCAAACUCUUUCUUGCUGAGAAAAAUGUUUCGGAGGCGUUAUGUCCCUAAGGUGGAAGAGCUGAGGGCCCUUCGUCAAAUGAGGCAGCAGGCUUUUGCUGAGGUCCUGGCAAGAGCAAUGGAACGUGAAGUCCCUAAGGAGGAAACGCUGCAGGAACUUCCUGAAAGGAGACAGCAGGCUGUUGCUGAGGUUGCCGCAGGAGUACAGGAGAAAGAUGUCCCUAAGGAAGAAAAGCUGCGUGCCCUUCCUGAAAGGAAGCAGAAGGCUGUGGCUGAGGUGGCCGUAGGAGCACGGGAGAAAGGUGUCCCUAAGGAGGAAAAGCGGCGGCCCCUUCCUCUAAGGGCGCAGAAGGCUGUGGCUGAGGUCAUCAAAAGAGCAAUGAAAUAUGGUGUCACUGCGGAGAAAAAGCUGCAGUCCGUUAGAGUAAGGAGGCAAAAGACUGUUGCAGAGGUGGCCAUAGGAGCACGAGAAGAAGGUGUCCCUCAGGAGGAAAAUGUGUGGGCCGUUCCUGUCAGGAGACACCAAGGUGUUGCUGAGGUUGCCGCGGGAGAAACAGAAUAUGGUGUCCCUGAGGAGGAAAAGAUGUGGGCCGUUCCUGUCAGGAGGCAGCAGGAUGUUGCUGAGGUGGCCGCGGGAGCAACGAAAUACGGUGUCCCUCAGGAGGAAAAUAUGUGGGCCGUUCCUGUCAGGAGACACCAAGGUGUUGCUGAGGUUGCCGCGGGAGAAACAGAAUAUGGUGUCCCUGAGGAGGAAAAGAUGUGGGCCGUUCCUGUCAGGAGGCAGCAGGAUGUUGCUGAGGUGGCCGCGGGAGCAACGAAAUACGGUGUCCCUGUGGAGGAAAAGAUGUGGGCUUUUCCUGUAAGGACACACCAGGCUGUUGGUGAGUUUCCUGUGGUCUCUGGAACCAUGGAGAAUGAAGGAUUGGUUGCUGAUCGCUUAGAUUCCACCCACAUCUGCCUAAUUUACCCCAAUAACCACCAGAAGCCUAGCAGAACAGACUCUCCGGAGCCAAGCAUAGACGAGAGGCCCACGGAAGAGGGCCCCUCCAAAGCGGACCACCGAAGGCAAAGCGAGCUGAGCCUGCACCUCCCGCCCCUGUGCACCUUGCAGACCCACCCCGGCUAAUACGCCAGAUCCCAUCGAAGCAGCAUCACAAGCCUGGCAGUGUGCAAGUAGCCCAGACAGAGGCCACACCACUCCACAGUCUAUCGUCAUACCAGUAUCCCACUGUCCUGAUUCCGAGAGCUUUGUCGUAAAUUUUGAAAUUGGGAAGCAAGAAUAAAGUUGAGGACUCCUAAGAUGAUGCUGGCCAAGCAGCUUUACACCCACGCUCUUCAGCUUAAAAUGUCUGGUCUAGAAGAAGAUUAAAAGUAAAACACUUCCGUCAAGUGGACAUUUGCUAAUGGAUGAUAAUUAAGCCCUGAUUUUUAAAAAUAGUUAGACACAAAGCAAGAGAAAAGAAAUUUGGAAGGAGCAUAUUCUGUUACAUGUGAGAGAGGGUUCAGAGCAGGUGACUGGAUCAACAUCAGGAAUCACAAGAGCAGCAAAAUCUACAACUGAAACUUAUCUUUCUCUCAUGCUGUAUAGCCAGAUGAGAAAAGCGUGGAUGGAUUCUCACCAUUCCCAUGCUAUUUCUGCCUCUGACCUUUAUGUUUAUUGAUUUGAAAACUAUAGGACCAUCUCUUAUGGGGGGAAAAGGUUCUCAAAGUGAUUGGAUAGGUUUUUAAAAAGCAGACUCACAGGACACCUGGGUGGCGCAGUUGGUCAAGUGUCCGACUUCAGCUCAGGUCAUGAUCUCAUGGUUCGUGGGUUCGAGCCCCACAUCAGACU